AUGAAAUUAAUGCGCGCAAUAUAAAAGCCCAUGGCUUGCGUCGUAACAAACAGAAGCAUAGCAAGUUUCUAGAUCCAAAGGCUGAGCAAUAUGCGAGUUUUAAUAGCUUUAGCAGUACUGUUCGGCAGUGUGGCUGCAGCAAGGCCGUCUGCGAAAUUCCAGAGCUCAAAACGCAGCGAUGAAGCGAGCGAGAUGCAGAAACUUGCGAACGAGGGAAAAGAGAUGUUGAACAAAGGUGCCAAGCAGGCACUGGCAUACCGCGUUUUGAAGGCAAAGUUCGAGCUAAGCUACCAUCAUCACGUGCAUGAAAAAUCGGUGGAAUUCCAGAAGAAAAUGGAAUCGAAAGGAGCGGAGUUUAAAAAGAAGAUGGAAGCCAAGGGCAAAGCCUUCCAGCUUGAAAUGGCAGAUAAGGUUCAGGGGUUCCACGCGGGCGUAAAAAGAGAAGUAGAAGCUUUCAAGGCGCACAUACACGAAGAAGUGGAGAGCUUCAAGAAGUCGUUGAAGGGAAACCUGCUCAAAAGGCUGAUUGAACUCAAGAAGGCUUUAGAAAACCACGGGCUGAAGCAGAUUGCCGAAAAGGUACAAAGCCACAUCGAAGAUGUUCUCUCAGGGAAGACAACUAAACGAGCAAUAAGGCUCAAGAAGUGAAAUCAGUAUCACCCAAGAUUUCGACCUGACAGAUCUUAAUUAACUUUGCAUGCAACUACGAGUACAGCGAGAUACCAUAAAAUGAUUCGAAUAAGCGCCCUCCUUUAAA